UUCCAUCAAUUAUGAGCAACUUGUUGAAUCCAGAUGCCAUUUUCUCUAACAAUGAAAUGAGCCUGUCGGACAUUGAAAUCUAUGGCUUCGAUUAUGACUAUACUUUGGUGUUUUAUUCAAAGCACCUCCACACGCUGAUAUUUAAUGCUGCUCGGGACUUGCUCAUCAAUGAACACCGGUAUCCCAUGGAAAUCAGGAAGUAUGAGUAUGACCCCAGCUUUGCAAUUCGUGGACUCCAUUAUGACGUGCAGCGGGCAGUACUGAUGAAGAUUGAUGCUUUUCAUUAUAUCCAGUUGGGAACUGUCUAUAGAGGCCUCAGUGUCGUCCCCGAUGAAGAAGUCAUUGAAAUGUACGAGGGGUCCCAUGUGCCCUUGGAGCAGAUGAGUGACUUCUACGGAAAGAGUUCUCAUGGGAACACCAUGAAGCAGUUCAUGGACAUCUUCUCCCUGCCGGAGAUGACGCUCCUGUCCUGCGUGAAUGAAUAUUUUCUGAAGAACAACAUCGACUAUGAGCCUGUCCAUCUGUACAAAGAUGUCAAGGACUCGAUUCGAGACGUCCACAUCAAGGGAAUCAUGUACAGAGCGAUUGAAGCAGAUAUUGAGAAGUACAUCUGCUAUGCCGAGCAGACCCGCGCAGUUCUGGCCAAACUGGCUGACCAUGGCAAGAAGAUGUUCCUCAUCACCAACAGCCCCAGUAGCUUUGUGGACAAAGGGAUGAGCUAUAUCGUGGGGAAAGACUGGAGGGACCUGUUUGAUGUGGUCAUCGUUCAGGCCGAGAAGCCGAACUUCUUUAAUGAUAAGCGGAGACCUUUCCGGAAGGUGAAUGAGAAAGGUGUCUUACUCUGGGAUAAAAUCCACAAGUUGCAGAAGGGCCAGAUUUACAAGCAGGGUAAUUUAUAUGAAUUUUUGAAGCUUACAGGAUGGAGAGGAUCCAAAGUGUUGUAUUUUGGUGACCAUAUAUACAGUGACCUGGCGGACCUGACCCUGAAGCACGGCUGGAGGACAGGCGCCAUCAUCCCUGAGCUGAGAUCUGAGCUCAAGAUCAUGAACACGGAACAGUACAUCCAAACCAUGACCUGGCUGCAGACCUUGACUGGGUUAUUGGAGCAGAUGCAGGUGCACAGAGACGCUGAGUCACAGCUGGUCCUGCAGGAGUGGAAGAAGGAGAGGAAGCAGAUGAGAGAAAUGACCAAAGGCUUCUUCAACGCCCAGUUUGGCAGCUUGUUCCGCACGGACCAGAACCCCACCUACUUCCUGCGGCGCCUGUCACGCUUCGCAGACAUCUACAUGGCGUCUCUGAGCUGCCUCCUGAACUACGACGUCAGCCACACCUUCUACCCCCGCAGGACUCCGCUGCAGCACGAACUGCCCGCGUGGUCCGACAGGCCCUCGGCCUUCGGGCCCCCUCUCCUGCAGGAGGCCCAGGCCAAGUAGCCGAGGGCCCUGGGGGAAGAGGCAGAAACCGGGCCGCCCAGAUCCGGCGGCACGACGGGGUUGGCAUGCGGUCUGAGUGUUGCUUUUGGAAAGGACGCAGACAUGCCU